GCGGAAUCGGCAGAAAGGGCCUGUGCUCAACUGACCUCGAUUGUCAACAAAACAACUUCACUACUUAACAUGUCAGCUCUUCCGUCGAGGACGCGAUCUCUUCGCAAACCGGCAGAGGUCGGGAGCAGAUACGAACGGACUGCCCUUGAACUUAAUGAAAGCAAUAAAGUCUCGCGGGCAGAGAGGACAGGCCAAUCGCCAAGUCGACUGCCCAAACCUCCAACGCGAAGCACCACCAUCUCGCGACCCCCAAGUUCUACUGGCAGUGUGAUCAGCAAUGCCUCGAUGCGCCCUCCUCCUCCUCCUCGAGCAAACAUAAGCAAGCCUACGACCGGUGGUUUACAAAGGUCGACUUCAGGUCGCCGUCCAAAUCCCGUUCCUCCAACAGAUUCAGAACCAGUGAAGAAAGAUCGGUCAAGACCUCCGCUCACACAGUCUCGCCAUCUCCGCAAUGUGUCUGCCAGUACCCUUUCAGCUAGUACGAAAGGCCCCGGACAUUCACGUACAAAGUCUUCCUCCACACUCUUGACCUCCUCCACUGCUCUCCGACCUCCAACAAGAAAUGGCGCGGACGAAGCCCAACCAUCAGAGCCACAAUUGAGAAGACCUACUUUCUCUACUCUCCAACAACAUUUCUCCCCCGCAAAAAGUCUCGCCCCGAAGCCUCAUCCGGCUGCGUUCCUCGUACCUCCGUCUCCGAGCAAGUUACCCUCAAAUAUCGCAAUCUCUGCAGAGACAGCAAAACUACAGAACGAGCUUUUGCAAUUGCACUUACUACAUAAGGAUGCCGCCCAGAUAGAUAGAGAGUGGAGAGCCAGUGCAAAGAGGAAACUGGGAGCGAGAUUCCAAUCAGUGGUUGACAGGAAUGAACUCUUAGUGCAAUUAGAAAUCGAGGAAACAGGCAAAAUCAAUGCAGCAGCGCUGAAGAGAUGGAAAGACCUUGGGACGCCGGGGUGGGGCCUCGAGGAGAAGAUACAGGUACUCGACGAGGUGACCAGUGGUGUGUGGAUUUUAGGGGAUUCCAGCGGGAAAUAUGGGAGAGUCGUGAGGAGAUUUGAGAGGUGGCUUACUGGGUGUCGGGAGAUAUUGGAGGCAAGGGCCCACAAUGAAGGGUUGGAAGAUGACGAGGUGGUGUUCCUGGAGGGACUUGAUGCUGGGUGGAAGGAUGACUGUCUGGUUUUGGCUCGGAAAUUGGAGUCAUGGAGGGAUCAUCUCAAAAACCUGGGCACGCUUGACUCCGGCUCAAGCUUGGCGGUUGUGGUCGAUGGGUGUCGGAGUUUGGUGAGCGGAAUGCUGACGGAGUUGAAUGUUAUGGCUCAGAUUGAGAGAGAUGCUAUGAGCAUGGAAGCGGAAUGGAUCAAGAGUAUGAAUGAUGAUGUACUUGAUAAUAAGGAUACCCCGGUGGCAGGCGCAAUAUGGAGAUCUCUGUAGUUAAUUCAAAUGUGAGGGAGACUCUUACGAAUCUGCACCGAACCUUC